AUAAAUAUGAAAAAGAAAAUUACACCGAUGGUUGAUCCUUCCAAGCUCAGCCCAUUUAUGUCAGACCUCAACCUAAAGCACCAAAAGAGGGAAUUACUCACUAUAAACCUCCAUAAACUUCGAAAAAUAGAAAAGUCAAUGCUCAUCACGAAGCAAAACUCUUCAAAAUUAGAAGAGCAAGGAGAGAUUUUACUCAAGCAUGAAAGUUUAGUUAGGAAUGCUGUGCUUAACCAAGCUCUUGAAGUGAAGCUCAACAUUUUCAAAACUGAGGUGCAGAAGAGCAUUGACAACAAACUCGAAGAGUUUGUUGUCAAGUUCUUUGAACUUCUCUCUGCCAAAGUUGAUGCCUCUUCCUUCAAGAAGAGUCUAGAUAAAUAAAGCAAGCAAAGAAGCUUUAAAAAAGACCGAUGAGCAGGUAUUUGAGGUCUUUGAGAAGAUGGAGCUUUUCAAUCAGUACUUGGAGAAGCAACGCAAAGAUGAAGAGGAAAAUCGAAACCCGAUGCAAAACGAAAUUGACCGACUUGAUAAUGAUAAGGCAGACCAGUUAGAAUUUAUCGAACUCCAGCAGAAAGUCGCAGAUCUUAAGAAAAUCGUUGAUUCUUUUGAUGAAGAAGACUCUGAAGAUGAGUUUGAUGAAGAAGACAGUGUAGAAGAGGACGUCCUUUCUUUACAUCAAUCUGGAGAGAAUGAAAACAUGAAUUCUAAUUCAGAGGGUGAGAAUCAAGAAGAUCAGUUAGAAAAUCCUGAGCUUGAGAGGGAAUCUGGCACAUCAUCUCAUAAGAAUAAUUCAUCACAAGGAGAAAAUCUGCCUUCAUCUCUUGUGAAACCUAUUAUUGAAGAAGAUUCAGCUCUUGAGACAUUGAAACCAGAGACAGAGAUGAGCUCUGUAUCUCCAGCAAGCUCUCCAGCUAAUUCUAAAAAGAGGAACAAAGUAAAGCUUGACAGCCAAAAAGAGAUUCAUCUUAAGGACGAAGAUGAGGAUUCUCCAGUCAUCAAGCCUGUAAAGAUUGAGAUUGGGGAGAACUCUAGGAGGGAUCGGACCCCAGAUCCAGCUCCUUCGACCUCUAAACUCCAGACUUCAAACAAGAAUGUAUCAUUACGAAAGGAUGCUUCCCAAAAUCAAGCUAGUCAAGAUGCUAAAAACUCAACGGUUGCUGACAAAGAAUCAUCCCUAAAUUUCAGUAACACUAAGGAAAGUUUUAACAAGGCUGGGCUUGUAAAGCAAGCCAAGAUGCAACGCAAAGAGACUGAGUCUACUGUCCGUAGUAAGGCUGGACUCAGACGGAUGAACUCAAGAGUUUCAAUAGUCAGUAGUCGCAAGAAGGGACCAGGCGCUGGCUUGAAGAUCAAGAUCGAAGAGCUCAAUAAGAAAAUACAAAUUUGGAGCUUUAAUUUAGAAAAAGCACUAGAAGAUUUCAAAAUAAUGAAGACUCAGCAGGCUCAAAGACAUCAGAGGUUUAAGGAGAUGGAUGAGCUGGUUGAAUAUCUUCAGAAAAACUACGACAAAUGGCUAGAAGAACACCAAGACAUUAUCUGCAGGCAAAAUCAGCUGGACAGUCAGUAUAAGCGAGGAAUUACUGAUAUUUCAGAGAAAUAUUCUAAAAUAUCCAAGAUAUUCAAAGAGGGAAAGAAGAUGAUUGAGGCCAACCGCAAGGAGUUCAAGGACGGCUUUGAGCGUAUUAUUAGAUGAGAGGUUCACCAACAUGAGGAUCGCAGGAGAAUCAAAAUUUUACAAAACAAAGCCAAGGAAAAUAUGCUUAGCAAAGAUCUCCCGAGCGACAAGUUGGAGAGACUUCAUCAAAGCUAUACUGAAGAUAUUGACGGGAAAUUUGAGAUAUUAUACAGCCAGAUCAACAAAAUGGCAACUGAUCAGGCAGAUUUCAAUCUCAAAAUUAAGCAAACUGUUGAUAAACUCGAUGCUCCAAUGAAGAAGCAGAUGGAAGCAAUGAUCAAAGAGAAUGAGUCAAUGCACAUAGAGCUAGAAAGAUCCCAAAAUCACAACAGAGAGAUCCUAACAUCAUGAGGAUUUUUAGGGAAAUAAAGAUAAAUCAAGAGUAUCAAAGAAAAAUCUCCAACUAAGCAAUUUCAAAAGGAAAAAGAGUUUAAUCAAGCGAACAGCUAUGAAGUCUAUUGGAUCAACAUCCUUGAACCUCACAAGCCUUUCUUUUGGGAAGUCAAAGCCAGAGUUUGAUUUGGGGGAUCCUCAGCAACAAAUCUCGUUUCACUUCGACAGCUACAUGCCUAUGACAAAGCGCAAUAAGAGAACAAGUCCGAUUACUUAUGGCUCUAAUAAGUCAAAAGUGAAGCUAUUUCGUCCAUCUGAGUCAAAUGAGAGAAAGUCAUUUGACAUGGGAAGUCUGUCUAAUUCUAUCAAGAUACCUAUCCCUCAUGAGUAGGACCUCUAAAGUUUCAAUAUA